GGGGGGGGUGAUGUGGAGGACUCCUGUCGGAAGCAUAACCAACCAACCAUUCGUGCACAUAGAGAGUAGGAGGAUACAAUCCAUCGGGGUAACUUGCCAUCUGGAGAGUGACAAGUCACACAUCGUUGAGAUCCGUCUCUUCAAUCGUCUUUGACCACCUGCCGAGAGCGGAGGCGGAGAAUCUUCGACUCUCCUUCCUCUGCCCUUUGCUGGUCACUCUUUCUACCUCUCUCCUCGUUACAUCUCAGGAAACGAAAUAGCCACCCUUGGCAGUAGGGGAACACUGCAACGGCACCGGCUCCUGUCUCUGACGGUAGCCUGUGUCCUCAUACCAGUGAAUCUACGAUUCACAUAUACCGGCGCAGCAGUGGAUUCGUCUUCAACGCGUCCUUGCUCCAACAGCCGGGGUAUCCAAUGGACGGUGCUGUCACGGCACAUGUAUCUUUUUUUCGUCAUUCGUUGCUGGGGGAUGUGAGGGGGGUGGUAUCUGGUGUCACGUACAGAAUCAGCUCCGGUAGCCAAGCGUGGAAUUCGAUCGCGAAGGCUCCCCCCUCGCAGAGAGGGGCAGAGGCGACCAAGGAGGCGUCCACCAGCCAAAUAAAAGCGGCGGAACGUCCAUGCAUAGCAGCACGUAAUAGCACUGAUUCAGAUCAGCAGUCCCAUCUGGUUAGAGUUCAGGAAGGAGCACAUUCACCGUGCUCUAGCCCACCUGAUAGAGAGGAUCCACACGACGAGAGCGGUGCCGUAAAAGGAGGGAACGACAGGGUCCAGCUGUUCCCCGCUACUACCGCGCUUGUGCAAAACUGCAAAGAAAAGGCCCCCCACUACACGAUGGCGCAGCCGGACCGCAAGGCGCUGGUUGCCCUAUACAACGCGACCGGUGGGGCUAAGUGGCGGAACAAGCGAAACUGGAACACUCGUGCCGCCCUCUCGCAAUGGUACGGAGUCGAAGUCGACUCCCAGGGCCGCGUGGUGACGUUGCAUCUGGGGGGCAACAACCUCCAAGGCUUUGCGUACAAGGCUCACUGACUGCUGUAUUCGUCCAAGCUAAUCG